UCACCCUCUUUCUCGCCGUCCCUACAGUAUAUUUCUUCCAUCAACCCUCGGCUACCUUCUAUCGCAAACCAUCAACAGCCGUAUAACAUAUCUAGAAAAAUGGCUAGCUUCCAGGACCGUGCUCAGCACACCAUCGCCCAGCUCGACAAGGAGCUCUCCAAGUACCCUGUCCUUAACAACCUUGAGCGCCAGACCUCUGUCCCAAAGGUCUACGUUAUCCUUGGUUUGGGCGGUAUCUACACCUUCCUGGUCUUCUUUAACAUUGCCGGUCAAUUGCUCGUCAACCUUGCUGGCUUCAUUCUCCCCACCUACUACUCCCUUGACGCCCUUUUCUCCGCUGGAAAGGCUGAUGACACUCAGUGGUUGACUUACUGGGUUGUUUACGCUUUCUUUACUGUCGUUGAGAGCGCAAUCAGUGCCCCUUACUGGUUCCCCUUCUACUACAUCUUCAAGUUUGCACUUGUCCUCUGGCUCGCUCUUCCUCAGACCAAUGGCGCUCAAAUCGUCUUCAAAUCUCUCGUGCAGCCUCUUGUUGGCCGCUACUUCACCGGUGGUUCCACCUCGGCCAACCUCAGGGCCCAGGCUGAUGCCGCUACCAAGUCGCAGUAAUGAGACUGACUGCAAACUUGAUAUCUGUGGUCGAACGAACGAAGCUGCAGAUCAGGUCUAUUGUUUGCGCAUUUGGUGAGAAUAACGAAAUGGGGCAACGACGGGAUGCGGAAUUGUCGCUGUUUGACGUGGAGAGGAGCUUGUAUGGCGAUGGCGGCUGUGAGGUUGUACAGCCGCAAAGCGGGCCGUGUCCGUUUAUUUUUUUAUCCUUUUUUGGCAUGGGUUUUCUGUUGUAGAAACGUCUGCGAUCGUUGGUGAUUAGGGGCGGGAGCUUAUCUCGUUCAAUAGGAGCGAUAGGUACUUUGAUGAUAUAUUUAUCCUCUUGGGUAAACUCGAGCAAUGUUUCCCUUGUG